GGUCCUCUCUGUCUCUUUGUCUUCGCCGUCGAGCUCAAAGUGAACUAUUGGCUCCGACAAUUCCCACUAUAUUCAAUGAUAAUACGUCGUCUCUUCCACGUCCGCUCUCUCUCCACACUCUCUCCUGUCCCACAAAUUCAUCUCUACAAAUGCAACAAAGCCAUCCAAGACCUUUCCAAGGUCGGCCGAGUAGCCGAGGCACGCCAACUGUUCGACUCAAUGCCUCAACGAGACCCGGGAUCCUGGAACUCCAUGAUUUCAGGUUACACUCGGAACGGUCUCUUACCCGAAGCACAAAUGCUCUUCAAUGUGUUUCAUGGCAAGAAUGUGAGAACUUGGACAAUUUUGUUAACUGGGUAUGCGAAAUUCGGGCUUGUCAAUGAGGCUCGGGUGCUCUUUGAUGCAAUGCCGGAACGUAGUGUGGUUUCUUGGAACGCUAUGAUUAGUGGGUAUGUGGAGAAUGGUGAUUUGAGGAGUGCUAGAGUGUUGUUUAAUGAAAUGCCCGAAAGAAACGUCGUGUCGUGGAAUUCGAUGAUUACAGGGUAUUGCAAUUGCUCUAUGAUAAGGGAGGCGUAUGAGUUAUUUGAGAAAAUGGGGGAGAAAAGUUUGGUGUCUUGGAUGGUAAUGAUAUCCGGUUUUUUUGAGAUAAAUGAGUAUGGAGAAGCAUGGUUUCUGUUUUUGAUGAUGGUGAGAAGCGGAAUGAGGCCAAACGAGGCAGUAUUGGUUGUAGCUUUGUCAGCCAUAAAGGGGUUGAAUGAUUUAGAGUUGCUUGAGAGUUUGAGGACGCUGGCAAUCAAGACGGGGUACGAGGAAGAUGUGGUUGUGGGGACUGCAAUUUUGGAUGCCUAUACCAGGAAUGGGAGUUUGGAUAAUGCUAUUAAGUUCUUUGAGAUAAUGCCAAAUCGGAAUGAGUACUCAUGGUCAACGAUGAUUGCGGCAUUUGCACAGUAUGAUAGAAUUGACAAUGCAAUUGAUUUUUAUGAGAGGGAUCCGGCAAAGAGUGUUGCUGCACGGGCAACAAUUAUAACUGCAUAUGCUCAAAAGGGAAAGAUGUAUGAAGCUAGGCGUAUUUUUUAUGAGAUUGGUAACCCCAAUGUGGUUAUGUGGAAUGCUAUGGUUGCUGGGUAUGCUCAGAAUGGAAUGAUUGAAGAAGCAAAAGAUAUUUUUUUGCGUAUUCCUGUGCGGAGUGCUGCUUCUUGGGCUGCGAUGAUUUCUGGGUUUGUGCAUAAUGGACAAAACAGAGAAGCUUUAGAGUUGUUUACCGAGCUUCAUAAGUUAGGAAAUGUUCCAAAUCAUUCGAGUUUUACUAGUGCUCUUUUUGCCUGUGCAAACAGUUCAGAUUUUGAGAGGGGUAGACAGAUACACUCGCUUGCCAUUAAAACAAGGUGUCAAUUCAAUUCUUUUGUAGGAAAUGGGCUGAUCUCCAUGUAUGGAAAGUGUAAGAACAUCGAGGAUGUAUCCCAGGUUUUUAGCACAAUGUUUGUGAGAGACACUGUAUCUUGGAACUCACUCAUUUCUAGGCUUUCGGAGAAUUGCAUGUUGGAUGAUGCUCGAAAAACUUUUGAAAAGAUGCCAAAACAGGAUGCGGUAUCUUGGACUGCCAUUAUUUCAGCUUACGAGCAAGCAGGGCAAGGAGAUGUUGCCUUCGAAUUGUUCCUUGGCAUGUUAGCCAGAGGAAUGAGACCAAACCAAAUUACAGUUACAAGCCUCCUAAGUGCUUGUGCGAGCCUUGGUGCAACCAAGCUUGGGCAACAGAUCCAUGCCUUGACAUACAAACUUGGAAUUAAUUCUUGUUUGUCUGUUUGUAAUGCUCUUAUAACCAUGUACUUCAAGUGUGGCAGUCUGGAUGGCCUUUGUGUCUUUGAAGAGAUGCCUGACCGAGACAUAGUCACAUGGAAUGCGGUUUUAGGUGGCUGUGCACAGAAUGGACAAGGCACAAAAGCGGUCGAAAUUUUCGAAAAAAUGGAAGCCUCAGGGGUUAUUCCUAAUGAAAUCAGUUUUGUUGGGGUUCUAUGCGCUUGUGGCCAUGCAGGGUUGGUCAAUAAAGGGCGGGCGUAUUUUACUUCCAUGACCCGGGAUUACGGGAUUACCCCGUUGGUUUAUCACUAUACAUGUAUGGUUGAUCUCCUUGGUAGGGCUGCAAGGCUUUCUGAAGCUGAAGCUCUCAUCCAAAACAUGCCUGUAGAACCGGAUCUUGUGAUUUGGGAAGCACUUCUUGGUGCUUGUAGGAUCCAUCGAAACAUGGAACUUGGCCAGAGAAUUGCUGAAAGGCUUUUCCAGAUGGGGACAAUGAGACCUGGAGCCUAUGUUUUACUGUCAAAUAUAUAUGCAUCUCAAGGUAUGUGGGACAAAGUAUUGGAAAUAAGGCAAUCAAUGAAAGAUAGGGGAGUGAGCAAAGAACCCGGAAUCAGCCGGAUUGAGAUCAAGAACAAGCUGCACUACUUCCUUAUGGGGGACAAGACACAUGAUGAGAUUGGGGAGAUUCACUCAACAUUAAAGAACUUGUAUGGACGGUUUAGAGAAACAGGUUAUGUUCCGGAUACAAAUUUUGUUCUUCAUGAUGUGGAAGAGGAGCAAAAACAGGAUGAGCUUCUCUACCAUAGCGAGAAGCUCGCAGUUGCCUACGGGAUCUUACGCACGCCGAACGGAACGCCAAUUCAGAUCAUGAAGAAUCUUCGAACUUGUGGUGACUGCCACUCAUUUAUGAAAUCAAUUUCCAUUGUUACGGAGCGUAAGAUUGUUAUUCGAGAUGGGAGUAGAUUCCACCAUUUUAGGGAUGGCAUGUGUUCUUGUGGGGAUUAUUGGUAAAAGCUCGGUCGCUGAGCAUAUACCUCUACUUUUAUUCGGAUUAUUGAAUGUAUACAUAUACCACUUGUAAUAUUUUUUG